UUUAGAGAAGCCGAGCAGGUGAGGUCAGUUCUUCCCUCUCUCUGACACUGGUGAAACAAUUUGAUCAUGACGGAUUCGGCGAAAGGCGAAUUCCAGGAGUUCAAGAAAGUGAAAGUAUGGGUUGAGAAGAAAUCUAGAUGCAUGACGUUGUACGCAAGAUGGUUAGAUGUCACUUGGGGUUUCCCUCCAUACUGGGUUUGGAAUUGUUACAAAGAAAUGAGUGAAGACAACGUUGAGGUAGUCAAGCUAUUGUCUGUAUGCUGGGUGAAUGUGAGAGGACAAUUCAAGAUGUCAGAGCUCUCAGCAGGAGUUGUGUAUGAGAUU